CCGUCACUCUCCGCCCCGCUCGAGUCCCGCCCCGCUCGCUCCCCCCACCUCCAAGUCGCCCCAGCUUGGCUUCCCGCCCUGCGCAAACGGCUGCCGUCGCAGCCUGGGCGUCCCCGCGCCCUCCAGUCAGCGGCGCCACCUGGAGUAGUCUCUACGCGGGAAACUUCACCGCCAGCUGAGCCCCAGGAGCCUUUGUAUGCCCAAAGACUGUCGGGGCCCGGGGGCGGGGGAGCGGCUACUUUCAGGGAUUCCUGAUCUCGCCGCAAGAACUGGAAAAAAACUUUGCACGCCAAAGAGCCUCCACCGAGGUGGGAAUUUGUUUGCAAGAACCUAAGAUAAAAUGUAAACCACAACAAACCAGGGGCGCUGUGAGGCGAACCGAUACCACUACACGAGCUUUCCGGGAAGUAAGCCCAAGUCGCGGAGAGAGAAGGGAGGUCUUGCGCUCCGGGCGGGGCGCGUUCCCACGUCUAGCGCAGCGGCAGGGGCAGGUUGUCUCAAGCGCAUUUCUGAGGCCACCGUGCGGCCUCGAUUAGAGGUGGCUGUGAUGAAGAGCGGUUACCACACAAUGGAACGUGGGCACCUCCGCUCCCAUGAAAACCUCCGGGUAGAGCUCCGAGGCCGGCCGGUGCGCCCCGACGGGAGUCGGGUCAAAGUGGCUCAGAGUGCGGCGCGCCCCGCCCCCUGCAGGCCCCGCCUCGCCAGGUCAUGCUGCCCUCUACCCAGUACUUAAAACCCGGAGGCGCGGCGGGAUGGCGCGCUUUUGACUCCGGAGUGGAAGUAAGCACCUCUGCGACGCCAGCUGUGAGAUCCGCAAGGGCAUGGGUAUUGACGCCCCUCACCGAUCCCCCUUCUUAAUCCCAGCGCUGUGAGAAAAUCCCUGCUUUGCAGGUCCCCAAGUGCAGCGGGGCUCGGCGAGAGAAGCACCUUUCUCGGUCCCCAUCCCAAUCCACUCGCUCCUGGCUCUGACGACGCCAAGAGACUCGAGUGGGAUUUAAAGCUUCCAGUGCGGGGAGCAGGUGUCCAGGGCGGGCCUGCGGGUUCCUGUUGACGUCUUGCCCUAGGCAAAGGUCCCAGCCCUUUCUCGGAGCCGGCUGUCCCGCGCCACUGGAAACUGCACCUUCCCGCAGGUCAGUCUCUCUGCGGAGCCGCUGCCCCGCGACCCCUUCAGAUGGCUUCUUGCAGCAUGGCCACCAGCCUCAGCCAGAACGACCCUUGGCCGCUAUACCCGCUGUCCGUCCAGCAGACCACGCUCCUGCUACUCCUGUCGGUGCUAGCCGUUGUGCAUGCGGGCCAGUGGUUGCUGAGGCAGUGGAGGCGGCCGCUCGGGUUCGCACCCCCGGGGCCGUUCGCUUGGCCACUGAUCGGAAAUGCCGCGGCGGUGGGCCAGGCGGCUCACCUCUCGUUUGCGCGCCUGGCGCGGCGCUAUGGCGAAGUCUUCCAGAUCCGCCUGGGCAGCUGCCCCAUAGUGGUUCUGAAUGGGGAGCGCGCCAUCCACCAGGCCCUGCUGCAGCAGGGCGCGGCCUUCGCCGACCGGCCGGCCUUCGCCUCCUUCCGCGUGGUGUCCGGCGGCCGCAGCAUGGCUUUCGGUCACUAUUCCGAGCACUGGAAGGUGCAGCGGCGCGCAGCCCACAGAACGAUGCGCGCCUUCGCCACGCGCCAGCCGCGCAGCCGUCAAGUCCUGGAGGGCCACGUGCUGAGCGAAGCGCGCGAGCUAGUGGCGUUGCUGGUGCGCGGCAGCGCGGACGGCGCCUUCCUCGACCCUAGGCCGCUGACCGUCGUGGCCGUGGCCAACGUCAUGAGCGCCGUGUGCUUCGGCUGCCGCUACAGCCACGACGACCCCGAGUUCCGUGAGCUGCUCAGCCACAACGAGGAGUUCGGGCGCACGGUGGGCGCGGGCAGCCUGGUGGACGUGAUGCCUUGGCUGCAGAGCUUCCCCAACCCAGUGCGCACUGCCUUCCGCGAAUUCGAGCAGCUCAAUCACAACUUCAGCAACUUCGUCCUGGACAAGUUCUUGAGGCACCGCGAAAGCAUUCGGCCUGGGGCCGCCCCCCGCGACAUGAUGGACGCCUUUAUACUCUCUGCGGAAAAGAAGGCAGCCGGGGACUCCGACGAUGAUGGCGCGAGGCUGGAUUUGGCGGAUGUACCGGCCACUGUCACUGACAUCUUCGGCGCCAGCCAGGAUACCCUGUCCACCGCGCUGCAGUGGCUGCUCCUCCUCUUCACCAGGUAUCCUGACGUACAGGCUCGAGUGCAAGCAGAAUUGGAUCAGGUCGUGGGGAGGGACCGUCUGCCUUGCAUGGACGACCAGCCCAACCUGCACUAUGUCAUGGCCUUCCUUUAUGAAGCCAUGCGCUUCUCCAGCUUUGUGCCUGUCACCAUUCCUCAUGCCACUGCUGCAAACACCUCUCUCUUGGGCUACCACAUUCCCAAGGACACAGUGAUUUUUGUCAACCAGUGGUCUGUGAAUCAUGACCCAGUGAAGUGGCCUAACCCAGAGAACUUUGAUCCAGCUCGAUUCUUGGACAAGGACGGCUUCAUUAACAAGGACCUAACCAGCAGAGUGAUGAUUUUUUCAGUGGGCAAAAGGCGGUGCAUCGGUGAAGAACUUUCUAAGAUACAGCUUUUUCUCUUUAUCUCCAUCCUGGCCCACCAGUGCAAUUUCAGGGCCAACCCAAAUGAGCCUGCGAAAAUGAGUUUCAGUUACGGUCUGACCAUUAAACCCAAGUCAUUUAAAGUCAAUGUCACUCUCAGAGGGUCCAUGGAGAUCCUUGAUAGUGCUGUCCAAAAGUUACAAGCCGAGGAAAUUUGCCAAUAAGAAGCCACAGGCAAGCUGAAAUUUUAGAAAUACUCACAUCUUGGGAGAUGAGGAGUAAAAUUCAGUUUUUUUCUAGUUCCUCUUUGUGCUGCCUCUCAAUUAGCCUCUAAGGUGAGCAUAAAUCAGCUGCCCAUCCAGGUGAGGUGUGCUCCAUACCCAGUGGUUCUUCAUGAGUAGUGGCCUUUGCAGGAGCUUCUGGGAGAUUUUUUUGAGUCAAAGACUUAAAGGGCCCAAGGAAUUAUUAUACAUAUAAUGCAUCUUGGUUAUUUCUGAAGGUAAUAUUCUUUGGCAUUAAAACGCACACAUAGACACGCAAACCCAAACACUUACACAAACUAUUGAGUGAAGAAUUAUUUUGGUAACCAUGCCAUUUUUGGUGUGAAUUCAAGAUUGGUCUUCCAUAUGCAAAAAUAGACAAAAAGUAUAUUAAACAAAGUUUCAGAAUAUAUUGUUGCAGAGACAGAGACAAGUAAUUUCAGUGUAAGGUAUAUGAUUGCAGGUGAUAAGGGAAAAUAUAAAGACCAGAAAUUCUCUUCUCACCUUUUCAGGAAAAUAACUUAGGUCUAGUAUUUAUGGGUGGAUUUGUCCUUUUGCCUACUGGUAUACUUCCUUACUUUUAAGGAUAAAUCAUAAAGUCAGUUGCUCAAAAAUAAAUCGGUAGUUGAAUUAGUGAGUAUAGUGGGGUUCCAUGAUUUAUCAUGAAUUUUAAAGUAUACAUUGUUAAAUUGUAAAACUCUGAGCUGACGUUGUUCCUCUCUUGCUUGCCAAAGCACAGAAUUUCAAUUAGGAGCAAAGAAAAAAAAAUAUUACUAGCCCAGCCAAGCUUUAAAUUAUGUGACUGCAAUGUACAGACUCCAGUAAGUCUCAUAGGUUAAAAAAAAAAGUCACCAAAUAGUAUGUAAUAUAUUACUUAAUUAUCCAUAAGCAGUAUAUUAGUAUUAUCUUGUUCAGGAAAAGGUUGAAUAAUAUAUGUCUUGUAUAACAUUGCAAAUUGAAAAGUACAACCAAUGCAACCAAGUGCGCUAAAAAUGAGCUUGAUUAAAUCAAUCACCUAUUUUUGACAUGAAAACUAAGUAGUCUCUUUUCUUCACACAAAUUUUGGCAAAUCUCAACAUUAUAUCCUAAGAUGUGUUCUUAUUUUUAUAGUCUUUAUUGAAAUUCUAUUUAUAAUACAGAAUCCUAUUUGAAAAUGAUCUAAUUAAUAUGUUAAAAUUCCAAAUUCAUGGCAUGUUUACAUUUUAACUUAAUUUUAAAGCUAUUCUGAUUAUUAAGUUCCAGUUGAAGUUAGUGGAAAUCUGACCAUUAUCCCAUGGAAGGCAGGGAAAUCUAAGAUGUGUCUGCCCAGUGAAUGAUGAAAAAUAUUAUGACUUUUCUGGAUGUUCUUUUUACAAGGUGACAAGAACUGGGGACAGAACUCUCAUUACAACUGACCAAGUGUCUCUUCUAGAUGGUUUUUUUGAAAGUUAACAUUAAUGUCUGCUUUUUGGAAAGUUAGAAUCAGAAGAUAGUCUUGGAAGCUGUUUGGAAAAGACAGUAGGGAUAAGGUCAGUUGUGUUUUCUAAGAUGGCAAUUACUUUGGUAGCUGGGAAAGCCUAAAGCACAAAUGAAAUGUAUGCGUUUGGUUUAUGCAAUAACCUGAAAACAUUUAGAAAAGUGAAGUUUCAAGUUUUAAAUUUCAUUGCAAUUAAACUUCCAAAGGAAGUUUUACAGUUUCCUAAGUGCUUAUUACAUUUUAUUUAGCUUUUUGUAAUCUCUGUACCAAAAUUUUUUAAAAAGGGAGUUUAUGAUAGUUUUGUGUGUGUAUUCGGGGCAUGGCAAAAGAAGAGAGAGAAAGACUGAGAAGAAGGAAAGAUGGUUAAACAUUUUCCCACUCAUUCCAAAUUAAUUAAUUUGGAGCACAAAAUUCGAAGCAUGAACAUUUAGAAAAAAGAUAUUUGGCGUAGCAGCGUUAAAUCUCAAAUAGGCUGUUAAAAAAAUCUACAACAUAGAUCUGUUUUGUGGUUUGGAAUAUUAUAAAAUUUCAUGUAAUUUUAUUUUAAAAUUUCAUAGCAGUACUUCUUGAGUAUAAAAAAUUGUGCCAGUAUUUUAAAAAGCAUUAAAGUCAACUAUUGAAAUCAGACUUGCCCAAUACAUUUAAAUUUUUUGGUACUUGCCAUUCCAAAAUAUUAUACCCCAACAAGGCUGAGACAGUGAACUUGGGCUGUUGUAGCCUGUUUUUUUUAGAUUGAGAAAUGUGUAGCAGCAAAAAUAAUCAUGUACCAAUCUGGAUGCCUCAUUACAUCAACCAGGUCCAGAUGUGCUAUAAUCUGUUUUUAUGUAUGUAGGCUCAGUCAUCAUCUGAUGCUUGCAGCAAAGGGAAAGCUGAGUUUAUAUAGAAGAAAGUAAGGUGCUUGGGGGUUACCUGGCUUAUUUAGUAUGUUUAUACCCUCGUUAAAGAAAGGAAAAGAAGACAAAAAACGAAUAAAAAUAACUGAAUUUGGAGGCUGCAGUAAUCGGAUUACUGCUUUAAUCAGAAAGCCUCAUUGUAUUUCUAUCAGAGACAGAAGGUAUUUGCUGAUGACCGUUAAAGUCAGAAGUUUCACUCCAGGUUAUUGCAAUAAAGUACAAUGUUUAUUAAAUGCCUGAUUUGUGUGUCAAAGCUUUGACUUUGUAAGAAAAUUGCUUUUUCCAAAACAAAAAGAUGUCUCAGGUUUAUCAUCUGAAUUUGCUAAAAGCUUUCACGUCCCAGAACUUAGCCUUUACCUGUGAAGUAUUACUACAGCCUUAAUAUUUUCAUAGUAGAUCUAUAUUAGAUCAAAUAGUUGCAUAGCAGUACAUAUUAAUUUGUGUGUUUUCAGCUGUGAUACAACUGUGUGAUUAAAAGGUAUACUUGUUUAUAACUCAAGGAUACCUUCUUAUUUAACAUUUUCUUAUUUUUGUACUUUAUCACGAAUGCUUUUAGUAUGCACAUAAUAACUACAAUACAUAGUUGUAACCGAAAUACAUUCUGGUGACACAUUUAUAUGUAGCUUUUACUGUUUGCUAUACCAAAUGAAAAAAAAUUGUAUCUCAUUACUUAUACUGGGACACCAUUACCACAAUAAUAAAAACCACUUUCAUAA